AUGGCUUGUGCAGUGGCCAACUUGAUCACCAGAGCUUUGGAGCGACAGUUCCAAGAAGUCAAGCGGUUGGAGGGCCAGACGGAGCAAGAGUUUGACAACGCAGCGCGUUUGGAGACAAAGACCGCAUCAUUGCUGACUAGCAGCCCGGAUGCUGAACUUCGCUUUCAGACUGAAGGAGAGAUUCAGUUGAUCCAGGAGGAGAAAAGCGAAUUGAUUGGAGAGAUUCGAAGAUGUCGUUCUGUGAAGCAGGAGCGCCUUGGAAAACUGCUGCACCUGGAAGAAGCAGCAGAAGAUUGGGCGGAUGCUGCAGCUGUGCCAGUGGAACUAGUGCUAUCACUGGGACAAGCGCGCUUUGGCAUUCAGGAAGCAUUGCUGAAGCUGGCACGCAGCAAUGAGAUGAUGGCUUGUGCUGCAGAGGAGCAUGAUGCGCUCCUCCUCUCUUUGCACACAGCACGCCAAGAGCGACGUGUGAGAGUAGCCCAACUUGCUACUUCAGAGUCUGCUCUCCUCGCGUCACGCGCAGAGCUGGGUGCUGAGCGAACCGAAGCUUUCAUGGAGCGGCGUCAAGCGACACUUCUGGAAGCUGAAUGCGAGGACUUCCAGGCUGAGAUGAGCCAUGAAGAGUCGGAAGAAGGCCUUUGUGGUGCUACCAUGCGAUCACUUCAACAGGCAGAAGGGCGGAUCCUGGAAGAAAUGAACACGGAAGAAUGGCUGGCGAAAAGUGCAAGGGAGGCAAAACAGUCCCUUGCGAGACACAUCGCUCAGCUUGAUCAUGCACUCAGGGCAGCUCAAGGGCGACGCCUUGAAGAGGAGUCCAUGGAUGCUUCGGUGCAGGCAGAAAGCUUGCAUGAGCUUCACGGGCGGGCCAAUGAGCUCCAAAGUGAAACGAAUGCCAUCAAGGCAUCUCAGCGAAAGCUGCAACAUGCCGACCUCCGCUGUCAUUUGGAGGGUGAGAAGAACAGGUCUUUGAUGGGAGCAGAAUGCGCCCGAGCCAACGAGCUCGUGCAGUGCUACACAGAAACCUGGGAUGAGUGCGAAUCUUUGCGUCGCAGAAUCUUGGAAGAGAGAGGAGCAGCCAAGGUGGCCAAAGCUCAAGCACAUGAUGCCCUCUUGGAAAGCGAGGCCUGGGCACCUGGGCAUCUGGGCACCUGGGCUGAUCUCCACUAUGUGCUGCAGCUUGAGGCAGCUGAUGCUGAGCUCCUCGGGGCACGUGAGCAAUGCGAGGCAAAGUGGAGAAAUCAUGAGAAAUCUUGUUUUGAUUUUUGA